ACAUUUCAGGCAAUUGCUAAUCUUGUCCUCCUCAUCUUUGUCUGCUCCGCAACUCUGGAACUCUUUUUCCAUUUCAAACAUUGACUCUUCAAAACUCAAAGUUGCAACUCUGCUGCCAUGUUCAUUGUAUAAUUUGUUUUCAAAAAUCGAUGAUGAUGAUUAUUGUGAUUAUAAUUUCAUUCUUUCUUUUGAGAGAGAGCGCGCGCGCGAGAGAGAGAGAGAGAGAGAGAGAGAGAGAUCCUCUUGAGAGUUGCAGAGUAAGUCCGCCGCGGAGGGGGGAAGGGGAGCGAGGAAGGCACAGUCGCCGCACGAUUGCUCGUGAGGAUGAGCAUUGACACUCGAGUAGUCCGAGCGAGGCCACAUCGCGGACUUGAGGCAAGUUCCUCGUCCCGGGAGCGCUCCUGUGACGGGAUGUGAGCUAGAAUGGCUUCUCGUCUCGCGCGGCUCUGCGAGGGAUGGCAUCUUUUCACACUCAUCAGCAGCAUCUGCGGAGGCUCUUCCACCGGCUCAGCAUCGCGUCCUCUCUGAGCAUCGUCUGCUUCUCCCUGCUCUACCUCCUCGCCGGGUGCUGCCAGUCCGGCCUCGCGGACAACCCCGCCGGCGAGCUCCUCACCUCCGAGGGGAACGCUUCCCAAGGGGCGGCUGAGGCGAGCGGCUCCGGGAAGGAAUGGACGGCCACUCGGAGGCUCCCCCGAGCCCUGAUCAUCGGCGUGAAGAAGGGAGGGACGAGAGCGCUGCUGGAGUUUCUGCGGCUCCAUCCUGACAUCCGAGCUCUCGGUUCCGAACCGCACUUCUUUGACCGGCAUUACGCACGAGGACUGGACUGGUACAGGAGUAUGAUGCCCAAAGCACUGGACGGCCAGAUCGUAAUGGAGAAGACGCCUCGCUACUUUGUUACCGUGGAAACACCAGCACGAGUCCGCGCGAUGUCACAAGACGUGAAGCUGAUCGUCGUCGUGCGGGACCCGGUGACUCGAGCUAUAUCCGACUACACGCAGAUCAUCUCCAAGACCCCCGACAUCCCUCCUUUUGAAAUCCUUGCCUUCAAAAACCGCACCACAGGUCAGAUUGACGCUCAGUGGAGCCCUCUAUGGAUCGGCCUAUACGCCCAGCACUUGGAGCGAUGGCUGGCCUGGUUCCCCCGGAGUCAGGUCCAUCUGGUCAGCGGUGAAGGGCUCAUCUCUGAUCCAGCUGGGGAAGUUGGGAAAGUCCAGGACUUUUUGGGCCUCCAGAGGAUCGUCACAGACAAACACUUCUACUUCAACAAAACAAAAGGCUUCCCCUGCCUGAAGAAGCCGGAGGGGAGCAGUAAACCCCACUGCCUGGGGAAGACCAAAGGGAGGACGCAUGCCUCAAUCGACCCAGCGGUGAUGCAGAAACUGAGGGAUUUUUACAAGCCCCAUAACCAGCGUUUUUAUCGGAUGGCGGGACAGGACUUCGGAUGGCAGUGAGAAUGUCAAAUAGUAUUUUGUUAGCAGAGAAAUAUUAAUGAAUUCAGACACAAAGGAAAAACUCUUUUCUGAAACUCUUUAAUAUACACCAAUGCCCAUUUUUGACCACACCGCUUCACGCUCUUCACACUUGGCUAUUGACGAAACCAGGGACUAGUAGGUGCUCUAUGUAGUGCCUGGUUCCAAGCAUAGAUGGCAUCCAUGACAAAAAUGAGCAUACGCUUACGUUAGCCUAACCUGUUGCUGCUCAUUCUUCCGUUGAGUACAAUUUGUCUGCUUUGACGACAGCCACACGCCGAGAAGUAAACGGCGCACAGGAGACCCGCGUUCUCCUUCAGUGACGGUUUCCGGUUGAGGUGGGUUUUUACAGUUCCCCGCGGAGGUCUUUGUCUUCAGAACCAUACUAAUGCACAUAACUAUCGUUCCUUUUUACCUGCUAGUUCUUCAAUAUCACCGGCUCAAUCAAUGCAUACCUGCUGAGUGAUAUCAUCCAAGUAUUGUUCCCGUAAAAAGGGAAUACAUCUUUGAUAUGGCUAACGACGGAGAGGGAUGAGCGUUUGACUGAGUGGUUUCGUAUUCUUGAAUAAUGAAUGUGGCUAAAUGGACGUCGGCGGCCUAAGCGACGCGCAUCACUUCGGCCUUCAGCACACGUGCGCGCGCCGUGGCUCGGCUCUUCACAGAAGCCCGAACGCUCUCACGGGUGAUGAACCCACACAAGACGACGCCAGGUUGUCCUUCGGCCGUCGGAAGAUGUCAGGCGUUGUCAUGCCGACUUGCGGGCUUUUGUUUUGCGUGUGUUUGCACUCGUUUGAAAACAAAAAUAAAACUACUAUUUUGAAGCAAAAAAAGAAGCUGCAAUCUGGUCCUUAUUAUUUUAGUGUGAUCUGUUACUUGCAAGUCUCUCUGAGCCUGCAGCUUUGGAUUGCUUUGUAAAUGUAACCCUAUUAAUAUCAUAUGGUAUCAAUUUGUUUUUAGGAGUCUGCUUUUCUGGGAGUCCCUGUACCAAUGUGAAUAACAUAAUUGCAGUGCUAAAGUAGGUUGCACUGUACGUUAAUUCAUUUCAAAAAUACAAUAAAAUUGUCCAUCCAUCCAAGUUCCAAGUGUGUGUUCAUGCAGCUUUUGUGGCGGAGAAGUAU